AUGACGUAGGAAUCAAAAAGAAAAUAUAAAAUAUAACAAAUGAGGAAGAAAUAAAAAGAUGAUUAUUUGAAGGAUAAUUUUCAAAUUUAUUCAAUAUUUUUAUAUCAAGGAAAUAAGUUAAAUCUUUUUCUAAAAAUUAAAUAAAUGAAUUAGAAAACAUUAUUCUUAUAUUUGAAGGUAUCCAAAAUUUUGAAAAAGAAGGUUCUAAUAUUAUUCGAAUAUUCUGUAUAGCACCUUUAAAGGCAUAAAGUUCUUGGAGAAUAAAUCAUGAAUGUAUCAUUAUUCAUAGAUACCUUAGGUUCCUAAGAAAGAAACCAAAAAGGUCGAUUCUUUAUAUAAAGGAAUCAAUAUAAAUAUUAUUGAGGAAUUUCGGUAACAUUUUCGAGCUCACCUCAUGGGUUUGGGUUUGGGUUUGGGUUACGGUAGUUUUUUUUUUAAUAUAUUCUUCUAUGUGUAAUCAUGUCCAAAGGAUUUGGUCGUUGAGGGUAAUUGCCUAAUCCACUCAAUUAUGUUUUCCAAUUUAUGUUUUAAAUUGCAUCAAAUUAUUUGA